AUGUCGAAAGAUAUAUUUGUUCUUAUACCAAACGGCAGAAGAAUGAAAGUUCGUUGUACACCGGAUACCAGUUUCUUGCAAGUCUUGGAAAAUGUGUGUGAAAAACAUGGAUAUCAGCCUAGUAAAUAUGACUUGAAACAUCAUAACAUUAUUGUAGACUUAACUAGCACUAUGAGAUUCUGUAAUAUACCAAACAAAGCAAUUUUAGAAAUGGUUGAAGCAGAAAGAACGCGAGUGGAAAGUAAUGUUACUGUAGGUCUUUUAUUAAUUGAUGGUGAGAGGAGGACAGCAGAAUUCAGUCCUCAAACAUCAUUAUAUGACCUUGUCAUGUCCUUAGCCUCAAAUGAGUUAACUAUGUUAAAAAAUCCUACAAUUAUGUACAUGAGACAAGAAGUUACUGGUGUUUUGGCACUAAAACAGAAAACUUUAAGACAUCUGGGCUUAAUAGCUGGAAGAGCCGUCCUUCGACUAUUAGAUAAAACGGAAACAGAACAAGCAAAUGUGUCCUCUGUGUACAGAGCUAAGUCUGAAAAAAAUAAAGAAGAUAUAUUACAUGCCAAAGAUAAUAAAGCAGAUUUGGAUCCUUCUUGCCUAAGUCCCGAUGAUAAUAAAGUUGUAAAUGUUAAUGCAGUAAAAAAUUAUAAUCACAAGGUGUUGGAUCCUGUAAAAAUGAUAAAAAGUGAGAAAGAGAAAGGUCCCACUUCAUCUAAAAUACAUGCAGAAAAUAUAACUACUGAUGUAAAUAUGGCACACCAUGUAGAUAACAUUAAUUUCGAGGAAGCUGUAUGCUCUAAACAAAUAGAAAACAAAAAAUUAAAAAUAAUGGAAAGUCCAGAAGAGUUAGAAAGAAGGCUUAGAAUAGAAGAAGAAGUUACCUUUGUAGGCUCACAAAAAGCUGUAGCAUUUAAACAACCUGAAGAAUUCCAGGAUGAAUUAUUAGACCUUCCAGAUGAUUUUUAUGAGCUAAGUAUUGAAGAGGUAAGAAAAAUAUACCAUCAACUACAACAGAAAUGCACAGAAUUUGAAGAGACUCCACUCAUGACAACAGCAAAACGAGAAGAGCUGGAAAAACAGGUAUCUCAACAAAAAAUAAAUACAUAUAAAAAUGUUGUAGUUCGUAUACAGUUUCCAGACAAUAUAAUAUUGCAAGGGGUUUUUACCCCCACUGAUACAGUGCAAGACGUUAAUGACUUUGUCAAAGUACAUUUACAAAAUAAUCAGAAACCAUUUCAAAUAUUUACUACACCAUUAAAAGAAACUUUAGAUCCAAAAACCACAUUACUUGAUGCAAAGUUUGUCCCCUGCGUCCAUAUGCAUUUUAGAUGGCUAGAGGAUAAUUCUGAUACUAGAUACCUUAAAGACGAAAUUUAUUUGAAACAGACAUCUAGUGAUGCGGCUGGUAUUUUAGCGUCAAAAUAUAGAGCUCCAACACGCAGAAAAUUUGAAGACAUACCUGGAUCAUCUCAAAGUGGUCAAUCUAAAAUCUCAACAACAAAAGAAAGCAAAGUACCAAAAUGGUUUAAAAAAUAA